UGUACAUGAACAUGUACAUGCAUUUGAUUUGUUUGGCACGUACUGAUUUGUCUUCUUCGAAUGGGUACUGGUGGGUGAUACCCUGGUGGGUCAUGACUGGUCAGCGACAAAACAAAUUCUUCAAAACCAUCAAUUGCAGCAUCGAUCCGGAUCAUGCAUGGCAGCUGAUGUCAAAAAAUGGCAGCCCUACCCCCACUAGGAUCUGUAGGAAUGGACCAGCAGACUGCUGACACUGUAAAACAGUUCCGUGAAUUCUUGAUGUCCUAUAACAAGUUAUCUGAGAUGUGUUUUGCUGAUUGUGUCCAUGAUUUCACAUCAAGAAAAGUACAAGAAAAAGAGCAAACCUGUGUGUUAUCAUGUAUGGAAAAAUAUCUCAAGAUGACACAAAGAAUAUCUCAGCGAUUUCAAGAAUAUCAAGUUAUACAGAAUGAGAAUCUGACGGCAGGUCAUAAACCGCCGCAGUGAUGGAUGUUGUGAUCAUGGAUUCAGGAACUUAUGCUUUAAGACUGAUCUGUGAUCUCCGGAGUCACAAUGUUGAAUUUAUGCUCAUGGAUAUCAUACUGAACCUCCAGGUCUAGGCCGGCAACCAGGCAUGGUUUCUAUGUCACCAUCACACAAAUAACAUUUUCAAACUUUGUGUUUGGUUCACCGGCCUGGAUCUGAAGGUAAAGUAUCAAAAGCGAGAGUGAGGUCAGGAGCCAAGACAGGCAGAUGAUACCACUACUUUUCCGGCUGAGCCCCGACGAGAUCAUUGUAUUGCCUAAAGUCAUGCGAGUUGUUCUUCAGUCUUGAGACAAUAACCAUUUUGUCCUCAACUCUCAUAUCGGACUUCUGCAUUUGUUUGAAUGCAUGGUGCGAAGAGUGCCCAGAGGGUUUAAGUGAAUGUGAUUAGAAUUCUAUGUAAUGUGUAUUCAUUUGUUUUUAUAUACCAAAUAUAAAAAUGGGUUGAUAAA